UGAAUCCCAAUGUCGUAUGGUGACGGGCUCUCCGGAGCCGAGUACCUGGCCUCAAUCUAUGGUACUGAGAAGGAUAAAGUCAAUUGCUCGUUUUUCUUCAAGACAGGAGCCUGCCGCCACGGAGACAAAUGCUCCAGAGCCCAUCAUACACCGACAUUCUCGCCAACAGUUGUGCUCAAAAACUUCUACCACAAUCCGGUAGUGGAUGUCCGUCAGGCGGAUGCUUUCGAUAAAGUCGGCAAGCGGAAUGAUCAGGAACAGCGCUAUUUUGACGAUUUCUACGAGGAGGUUUUUGUGGAGAUGGAGCGAAAAUAUGGAGAAGUGGAGGAGAUCAACGUUUGUGAGAAUAUCGGAGAACACAUGGUCGGAAACGUAUACGUCAAAUUUAUGAAGGAAGAGGACGCCGAGAAAGCAAAGAAUGAUUUGAAUAAUCGAUGGUUCAACGGACAACCAAUCUACGCAGAGUUGUGCCCUGUCACCGACUUCCGCGAGUCUAGAUGCCGUCAACACGAAGUUACAACCUGCUCGAAAGGAGGAUUCUGCAAUUUCAUGCACUUGAAGGCAAUUUCCGCCGAACUUGGAGAUCGUCUGUAUGGUAGACGUGGACGACGAGCCGACGCAGCUGGACAUUAUCCAUCACAACGUGGAGGUUCCGGAGGCGGCGGUGGAGGUGGUGGCGGCGGUGGCUAUGGAAGCGGUGGAGGAUGGGGUGGCGGCGGUGGCGGCAGAGAUCGUGAUCGUGGAGGAUGGGGUGGAGGCGGCGGAGGUCGUGGAUAUGGAGGUGGCGGUGGCGGUGGAGGCUACGGAUAUGGAGGUGGAGGCGGUGGAAGACGCCGCAGUCGAAGCCGUGAUCGAAGACGAUAUUAAUCUCUCUUGUUCUUUUUUUUUUACCUUUUUUCUUCUGUAUCUUAUCUCAUAUAAUUCCAAUAAUUCUGCUCUUUUUUCUCUAUCUCUCUCUUUUUUAUUGCAAAAAAAACCAUUUU